GCCAGAGUCGGUCAUAGAGCCGCACCACUUCCGGUCCCGGGAGCGCAGGGGAGCCGGAAGUCCGGUGGGCUGCGGGCGUCGCGAUGGAAGACAGCGAUUAUGAGUCGGUGCUGUGUGUCAAGCCGGAGGUCCACGUUUACCGCAUCCCACCGCGGGCCACCAACCGUGGCUACAGGGCCUCGGAGUGGCAGCUGGACCAGCCAUCAUGGAGUGGCCGGCUGAGGAUCACUGCAAAAGGGAAGGUGGCCUACAUCAAGCUGGAGGACAGGACCUCAGGGGAGCUCUUUGCUCAGGCACCAGUGGAUCAGUUUCCUGGCAUGGCGGUGGAGAGCGUGACGGACUCCAGCAGGUACUUCGUCAUCCGCAUAGAAGAUGGAAAUGGGCGACGGGCAUUUAUUGGAAUUGGCUUCGUGGACCGAGGUGAUGCUUUUGACUUCAAUGUGGCUUUGCAGGACCAUUUCAAGUGGGUGAAACAGCAGUGCGAGUUUGCAAAACAAGCCCAGAACCCAGACCAAGGCCCCAAGUUGGACCUGGGCUUCAAGGAGGGCCAGACCAUCAAGCUCAACAUUGCAAACAUGAAGAAGAAGGAAGGAGCAGCGGGGAGCCCCCGAGCCCGGCCCACCAGCACAGGAGGGAUAAGCCUGCUUCCCCCGCCCCCUGGGGGCAGAGCCUCCACAUUGGUCCCACCCCCUGGGGAGCAGUUGUCGCUGGGAGGGUCCCUUGUCCAGCCGCCAGUUGCUUCUGGCUCAGGAGGUGCCACUAUGUCCUGGCCACAGCCCAAGCCUGCCACUGCUGCCACUGCUGACAUCUGGGGAGACUUUACCAAAUCCACAGGGUCAGCUUCCAGCCAGACACAGCCGGGCACAGGCUGGGUCCAGUUCUGAUUGGAGCAGCAUUCUCACGACACUGCAUCUGGGAGGGAGCUGCCUUUUCCGGGCUGAGAUUGGAGCUGCAGCGCCUGGCCAGCUCCUGCAGUGUCCUCUCCUCUCCUUGCUUGCUCUGGACAGACUGGCCCCAUGGGGCAGUAAAGCGGCACCGUGUCACAGUGCUCUGGGAUUCGGGGAUACAGCUGGAG